CGGGGCGGGCAGGGUUGGUUGCGCGGCGCGGCGGCGGGUCGGGCGCUGUGAGGGGAGGCAGGAAAAUGGCGCUGACGCAGGGCACGAAGCGCAAAGUCUGCUACUACUACGAUGGGGAUGUUGGGAAUUAUUAUUAUGGCCAAGGACAUCCCAUGAAGCCCCACAGGAUCCGCAUGACCCACAACCUCCUGCUCAACUAUGGGCUCUACAGGAAGAUGGAGAUCUAUCGUCCUCACAAGGCCAAUGCAGAGGAGAUGACCAAGUACCACAGCGAUGAUUACAUCAAAUUCCUGAGGUCCAUCCGCCCUGACAACAUGUCUGAGUACAGCAAGCAGAUGCAAAGAUUUAAUGUUGGGGAGGACUGCCCUGUGUUUGAUGGGCUCUUUGAGUUCUGUCAGCUCUCUGCUGGAGGCUCUGUUGCCAGUGCUGUGAAGCUGAACAAGCAGCAGACAGACAUUGCAGUGAACUGGGCAGGAGGUCUCCACCACGCCAAAAAAUCAGAAGCUUCUGGGUUCUGCUACGUCAACGACAUCGUGCUGGCCAUCCUGGAGCUCCUCAAGUACCACCAGCGAGUGCUGUACAUUGACAUCGACAUCCACCACGGGGACGGGGUGGAGGAGGCUUUUUACACCACAGACAGGGUCAUGACCGUGUCCUUCCACAAAUAUGGAGAAUAUUUCCCAGGAACUGGGGACCUGAGGGACAUCGGGGCAGGCAAAGGCAAGUACUACGCUGUCAAUUACCCGCUGCGCGACGGCAUCGACGACGAGUCCUACGAAGCCAUUUUCAAGCCUGUGAUCUCCAAGGUGAUGGAGACGUUCCAGCCCAGCGCUGUUGUCCUGCAGUGCGGCUCCGAUUCCCUGUCUGGGGACAGGCUGGGCUGCUUCAACCUCACCAUCAAAGGCCAUGCCAAGUGUGUGGAGUUUGUGAAGAGCUUUAACCUGCCCAUGCUGAUGCUGGGAGGAGGGGGGUACACGAUCCGCAACGUGGCUCGCUGCUGGACCUACGAGACUGCUGUGGCUCUGGACACUGAGAUUCCCAAUGAGCUUCCAUACAACGACUACUUUGAGUACUUUGGGCCAGACUUCAAGCUGCACAUCAGCCCCUCCAACAUGACCAACCAGAACACCAACGAGUACCUGGAGAAAAUCAAGCAGAGGCUCUUCGAGAACCUGAGGAUGCUCCCUCAUGCCCCUGGGGUCCAGAUGCAGCCAAUUCCUGAGGAUGCUGUCCAGGAGGACAGUGGGGAUGAGGAGGAGGAUGAUCCUGAAAAACGCAUUUCCAUCCGAAAUUCCAACAAGAGAAUCUCCUGUGAUGAGGAAUUCUCCGACUCCGAGGACGAGGGGGAGGGAGGGCGCAAGAACGUGGCCAACUUCAAGAAAGCCAAACGUGUGAAGGCAGAGGAGGAGAAGGAGGAAGAGGAGAAGAAAGAUGAGAAAGAAGAGGAAAAAGCAAAAGAGGAAAAAGCAGCAGCAGCAGCAGAGCCCAAAGGGGUGAAGGAAGAGACAAAAUCCACCUGAGUGGCUGCAGCUGGCUGCUUGUCAUAGGUUUAGCUCCUGGGUUGCCUCCUCCCCACAGGAUUUCUAUUUUAUAUAUGUUUUCUGUAUAUAUUUCUAUAUAAUUGUAUAAAUGACUGGAGAACUGUAAAUUAUUCCUUGCUGCACUCCCCUGGGAGCAGGCAGGGGAGGAUUCUGAGCAGCCCAGCUUUGCUGCUCAGGGAGUUUCACCCUUUGCCUUCCACUGCCCCUCCUUGGUGUGGCUCUAAAAACACAAAAAUCACUUCCUCCCCUUCCCUCUCUCCUGAAAUAACCUUGGAAAAGAAUAAUUUAAGUAGAAGUAGUGUCUGCAUUUCAGGUUAGCUGGGAAGAUGGCCAUCAAUUCUUGGUUUUCCUCGAUUUUUUUUGGUGGUGUUUUUUAAUGGGAGAAUUCCCAAAUGAAGCCUGGGAGAGACUUGUGUGGUUUCCAGCUGGAUUCCACCACGACAAAAAACCACAAAAAACAAAAACCUGCCAGCUGGUGCCACUUCUCAGGGUCAGAAUUGUGCAGUUCUUGGACAGAGUUGGCUCCUCCCUGCAGCAAACUUGGGGAAAGAGAUGAAGCAGCUGAAAAAAAAUCUGAAAAAUCCUUUUUUUCUUCUUUUUUUUUUUUUUUUAAAUGAAUCAGCCCCAGAGCCCAGAUCUGGAAAAUACAAAAUUAAAAUCACCCUCAGGGGGUGGUUCAGUUUUCCAAGAUCUGGAUCCAGGGAGUGUGGAUGCACCUCCAGGCAGGGAAGGGAUGGGAUUUUUUACCUGGUUUUUUAUGCCCCUCUCUGGCUGGGGAGAAAAUUCCUCCCCUUUUGGCUUCAUUUUUCUCCUGAAACGCCAGAACUCCCCUCAGAGCCUGGCUGCCAGCUUUUCUU